GACCGCCGUUCCUUUCACGCAAUUUGAGCCGCGCUGUGGAGAGGUUUCACUGGUGCUACGUGCGCAGUUUGAGCCGCGCUGUGGAGAGGUUUCACUGCUGCUACGUGCGCAGUUUGAGCCGCGCUGUGGAGAGGUUUCACUGCUGCUACGUGCGCAGUUUGAGCCGCGCUGUGGAGAGGUUUCACUGCUGCUACGUGCGCAGUUUGAGCCGCGCUGUGGAGAGGUUUCACUGCUGCUACGUGAGCAGUUUUCUCACAGCAGCAAGAGUACAAAGAGAGGCCGAGUAAAGGGACCCACACUAUGUUAACGCACUGUAUUUAGGCUAUAGGAGCGCUACCCCAUAUUAAUUAUGCAACAGCACUGCCUAUCCUCGGUGACUCUCAGUCAUAUACGAGCUGCGCCAGCAUAGACACAGUAAAUUGGUAUGAUUGAUGCAAGGCAGAAUCGCCAUUGCACAAGUAGGAUCCCUGGAUUCUCUGUAGUGUGUCUGGGAUUAUAAUCGCAUUGGCAGCUGCACAAAUAAAAGAAGAAGAAGAAGAAGAAGAAGAAGAAGAAGAAGAAGAAGAAGAAGAAGAAGAAGAAGAAAACGCGACCCAUUCUGAAAUCCGCUCUUAAUGCGAAUGUUUAAGGACGCAUCAUCCACACACUGACCACGGGCAUCAUGCAAGGGAGACGCGGCUUCAUGGUGGUUGUCGGUGUGCUGUUACGGCUGAAGAUUGCAGGCUGCUUUUCUGGAGACCAGGAUGACUUCUUGACGAUACACCAGCGAAGGUCAGAAAGGCCUCUUGUCUUCUAUCCGCCUGCAGAGGAAGGGAUUGAGAAGAGUGUGGAGCUGGACGGUCUCGGCGUGCAGAGAAACCUCUUCCAUUCCCUUUCACAUGCCAGGAUCAGCAAACUGCGCCCCGCAAUGAUUGUCAAAUCCACCUUUCCACAAGCAUCCCAAGACCAGAGCAUCAGUCUGCUAGCCGGAAUUGAUCAAGACCUGGAGAUUGAAAACGAAUCUGUGUCUGAUGAAGACGUGAUCAUUGUAACGCUGCAAAUGGACAUACGCAAACUGAACAAUACUCUGCUGCAGGCUUUCCGAAGCGGGGUGGCUGCAGCCUUGGACAUCUCUCCACAGCAAGUGCAUAUCAAUCGUCUUAAUGAAAAGAAGAACUGUAUAGAGCUGACGGUGUCACCUCCUCCGGACAAACCGGGCACCAUGGAGAGACUGUCCUCUGAGGAAGUGGUACGUUCCCUCAAUGUGAACAUCCUCUACAAGAGCCUGUCUCAGUUUGGCAUUACAGAGAUCACCCCAGAGAAAAACGUGCUGCAAGGACAACAUGAGAGAGAUAAAGUGUGGACCAAAGAGGGAUUUUAUGCUGUGGCUAUUUUUCUCACUAUCUUUCUAAUUAUUAUCACAUGUUUAAUGGUCCUGUACCGGCUGAAGGAGAAAACUGAGUUCCCUGAUCAGCAGUACAAGGAGCAGAGCCGAGAGAUCCACUUGGCCCCCAUCCCCCUGCCCACGAAAAAGCCCGAGGUGCAGAUCUUCAACAGCAUGGUGCAGCCCGAGCCAGCGCCCAGAGCUGUGAGCAUCGGUGCGGACCCCCAGAGCCAGCCUGCGCCCGACAUGAAACCCUGCCUGUCCGCCAGCCCCUCGCCCUUCAAAAUGAAAUCUGCCGGCCUCCAGGAGAGGCGGGGCUCCAAUGUGUCACUCAGCCUGGAUAUGAGUGUCUUGGGCAGCGUGGAUCCCUUCAGCGCCGCGCCUGCCCCCCGGGAGAGGGUUGCCAUGGAGUACCUUCAGUCUGCACAUCGGGCCCUGAGCAGACAGCAGCUCCGCGAGGCUGCGCUCCACACCCAGCGGCUGCACGCAGAGUUCGCGGAAAUUCCAAUGAAUUUUGUGGAUCCCAAAGAACUGGACAUUCCCAGUCACGGAACCAAAAACCGAUACAAGACCAUUUUGCCAAACCCACAUUCCAGAGUGUGUCUGAAGAGCAAGAGCAUAUACGAUCCACUCAGCUGUUACAUCAAUGCUAACUACAUCAGGGGCUACAUGGGAGAAGAGAAGACCUACAUUGCCACUCAGGGCCCCAUGAUUAACACGGUGAAUGACUUCUGGCAGAUGGUCUGGCAAGAGGACUCUCCGGUCAUAGUCAUGAUCACAAAGCUGAAAGAGAAGAACGAGAAAUGCGUACUCUACUGGCCAGAAAGAAGAGGCAUAUAUGGGAAGGUGGAGGUCCUAAUAAACAGCGUCCGUGAAUGUGACCACUACACCAUUCGCAACCUGACCUUAAAGCAAGGAGGCCAGUGUUGCAGUGUGAAACACUACUGGUACACGUCCUGGCCCGACCACAAGACCCCCGACAGCGCUCAGCCCCUCCUGCAGCUCAUCACAGAGGUGGAGGAGGACAGGAAAGCAUCAGCCGGCAGGGGUCCUGUCAUUGUGCAUUGCAGUGCUGGGAUAGGAAGGACUGGCUGCUUCAUUGCCACAACGACCGGCUGUCGUCAGCUGAAGCAGGAAGGGGUAGUGGACGUGCUUUCCAUCGCCUGCCAGCUCCGGUUAGACAGGGGAGGCAUGGUCCAGACAGGCGAGCAGUACGAGUUUAUACACCACACCCUGAGCCUGUACGAAAGCAGACUCUCAGCCGAUGCCAGCCAAUGAGAAAGCAGGGAAUGGUUUUCCUGGCAUGUAAUGGAAGAACAAUCUCCAGGUAAUCGUAUUACCUGCUGGCAGAGACUCAACCAAGGAGCACUAGACUGCAGGGCAAACCCUCUAGGGUGAGCAUGUGUGUAGCUAUUGAAGGGUAGACAAGCCCUGAGGAAGUGUAAAGCUAUCUGUAAAUGAAUGCAGUGUCUUUAUCACAUAAGCUGUUGAACUUGCUUAUAAGAAUCUUGUAUAUCCUGUUUAUAUUUUGUUGCAGAAAUUCAAACCAUAACGUGUUCCAAUCGCCAAACCUCUACCAGUAAAAUGUAAAAUUCUAUCACGUGUAAAAUACUAUCACCUUUCUAAUGUACAUGGAACUGAAACCUAAAGGUAGUUUUUAAAACCGUUUCUUGUUUAUUAAAAAAAAAUGAAAUGUUUGAUUUUGACGGAUUCUUCAUCUUCUUUGUUGAUCUGUAUAUGCAGAGUUUAGCAUUCUCCUGGUAGAAGUUAACAAUUAUAAAGACUGUUAUAUCAAUCCUUGAGCUGUUCUGACCAGUAUAGCCCAUGGGAUACAGCUGUGGUCAAGGGUUCAGGACAGCAUGUUGUCACUGCUGGGAGGAAAUGAAACCACCAGGAAUGAUACCAAUGUACAGAACAAACAGUAGAUAAGUAAACUAUUGAAGUUUUAAAGAAAAUGCUACAGUACCAUCACAAUAAAUACAUAGAAUGAAGUUUAUCCGCAAGUGAUCUGCAAGCCCCAGAAUUGGGGUUUGUGUGGCCCCUGUUAGCGGAAUUGGUUAAUGGGUCAGAAACAGAGAAAUGGUGUGUUGAGAAGAAGCAGCAAAACAAUGAGGCGCUACUUAUUAAAUCAGCAGUCCUGGCUUGGGACAGUGAUGGAGAUGGGAUUCAUUCCUGAAUAGACAGUGUGCUCAUGGAAGGGCUAUUGAAAAGAAAUCCGACUAGCAUUGUUAUUAGGAGUUGGUGUUUUGCUUUUGGUUUCGGUGCUGCUCUUUAACAUUGGCCAUGCCAGCUCUGACACAGACACUAUCCAGUCAUUAAGGGGUAACACUCUACAUGAAGGGUCUCUAAUUACUGUGGAUUUCUGCAUAGUUACAAUCUACUUAACCUGCACAUCUUUUUGCCCGAUAUAUGUAAGUACACAAUUGUAACAGAAAAAGGGUUAGGGUUAGAGUUAGGGUUAGAUUAGUUAUUGUUAGGAUUAGAGUUAGGGUUAGGGUUAGGACUAGGGUUGUAUCAUGCAAAGAAAUGUUACAUAUUAAGUACAUUGUAACUAUGCAUACUAACAUAGUAAAUACAUGUGUACUUACACAUAAUUACAAAGUAACUACUAUGUAAAUACACAUUAAUUAGAGACACUUAAUGUAAAGUGUUACCCAUUAAGGUUUAAUCUUAUUGCACCAGUGCACACAAGUCAACACAAAGGGUCUGUUAUAGCGAUCCAGACACUGUAAAAUCUCAAUAACCUUAAUGUUCCCCUUGGUGGUUAUAAGAAUGGUAUAAUUAAGCAAUAUAGAACAGGGAGUGCCAUACUGUGAUUCCACAAUGGCUGUGGGGUAUUCUGAAAUUAAAAACCACUAACAGCAAGGUUUGAAGGGAAAACCCUUUAUGACAUCACAUAGCCCAUUGAAAUGUACAGCAUAAAAAGAGUGGGCUGUUUUUAUGCUAUAUUGCUUCUUAAUCCAUGAUUCAUAUAAUCACUUAUAACAGAUUCCUAAACCACAGUGAUAAACAUGUAUUGAGCCUCUUAUUACACUGAAGAAAGAUAGUAAUAAUAAUAAUAAUAAUAAUAAUAAUAAUAAUAAUAAUAAUAAUAAUAAUAAUAAUAAUAAUAAUAAUAACAACAACAUCAGUAGUUUAUUGGGUUACACCAAAAACAAUGUGAAAGGUCUAUGGGAGGCCAGUAAUCUACAAUAGCGGUUUGAAGAAGAGUUGGCAUAUCUCUUGGCUCUCACUAGAGGGCAGCAUCAGUGAUCAGGGCUACCUCUAGGGCAGGGGUGCCCAAUCCUGGUCCUGGAGGGCCGGUGUCCUCCUGGCUUUUGUUCCAACUGCCCCCUAAAUUACUUAAUUGGUCCAAAUAAGCAAUUUAGUGUACAGUUGGAACAAAAACCAGGAGGGACACCAGCCCUCCGGGACUAGGAUCCGGCACCCCUUCUCUAGGGCUUCCCAUGGAGUAGAAGAGAGUUUCUGGAUUCUUUUCUGCAAAGCAUAACAUCUACUGUACGUAGCGAGUCCACCGCUGCGGCGUCUCGUGAUGAGUAACGGAUGCAGCCUGCAAUAGCACUUAAGUCACUGCCUCUGUCGUGUGAACAGCUCCACACAAACACGCAUGCAGUUUGCAGACUGUGGUCUGGAAACUUUCUAAUAGCUGACCAAAAAAACAAACCUACCUCGACCUUGAAUAAUACAAGACUGUAUUAAAAGAAGUCGAGACAUUAGUGUUAAAUUUUUUUUUAAAAAGCAUUGAUCUUUUAUUUGGGAACACAAGCCUGUACAGAUGAUAUUUUCCUUGAACAUUUCGGCAUGAUUGGUUUGAUUACCUUCUUUCUUUUCAUGGUCUAUUUUGCUCAAAAGCAGCUCUUGUCAUUUCUAAUGGCAACGUUUCACGAGAUUUGAAUUUCUGCCAUGGCAAAUGUAUAUGUGAAGAAUCAUUUGUAAGUGUAAUAUUUACCCAUAUAAACUCCUCAUGCCUCAGUGAUUUACAAUCAGUUCUAUGUUGAGAAUAUGAGGGUCUGUGUGUAAAUGUUCCCCAGUUCCCUGCCUUUUAUAUACAUGUAUUGUGAAUGAUAAUGUACAUGUAAAAGUGCUGUUAAUUUUGUGGCUGACAUACAUCUUGACCACAGAAGAGUCUUGCUGCUAAAACUGCAAGUGUUUUAACUUUAGAUUUUAAAAAAAGGAAAGAAAAAGAUUGUUUUGACUAUGAAAACUUUUUAAAUUACAUUUUUUUGUAUGUGACGUUUUUCUUUUUUAUUUGUGAUACAAGAUGUCUAUUUAUAGCUGAUCUAUGUAGCAGUUACAAUGCACAAUGCUGAUUUUACUCAAUAUUUCUUAAUAUACAACGUUGUCAUUGUAUAUUGUUUACUGUUUUUAGAGAUUUUACCAGUUAGCUUGAUGGCUAAAUAUUUAUAUGUCAUAUAAUGAGCUUUUCCCAUAUAUUACUAUUAAAGUGAAUGUUGUGAUAUGUUGACUACCUAUAAUAUAUACAUAUAUAUAUAUAUAUAUAUAUAUAUAUAUAUAUAUAUAUAUACACACAUACAUCUAUACUAUAUACAUAUGGCUCAUUAAGAAAAUGCAAUAUAAAUAAUAUGGGCACCUGUGCUGCUAAUGGUUGUAUAGGUUCUGCAGGAAAUUAUCUCAAAAUGACGUCUUGUGGAAGAGUUAUAUUUACUUGGAUACACUUUUGAAGUCUGCAGAUGAGCGGGUAUCCUGUACUGUCAUUCCUUGCUGUUGACCUUUAUAUUAUAUACUGUACUGCCAAUAAACUUAUACUAUUUUA